GGGAGCUGCGCAGGGCAGGACUGGGCGCGCCCGCGCGCGGCCCCGGGCGGCGGUGACCGAGGGUGGCGGAGCCUCCGGGUCUGGGGGCCGCGGCGGGGUCGCCGUCGGAGGGGGCGGGCUCCAGCCGCGCGGCCCCGGAGCCACUGCGCGGCGCGGCCCCCUCCCGCGGCCCGAGUAAGGCAGGAGAAUGAAAGAAGUAGAUAAUAUUGAAAGUAUAAAAGAAGAAUGGGUUUGUGAUGCAGGAGCCGACAAUCAGCCUCUGAGUGUGAGUCAACAAACAAACUGUGACUAUCUUGUUGACAACCUUUUUGAGGAAGCUCAAAAGGUCGGUGCCAAAUGCCUGUCUCCCAGUGAACAGAAGAAACAGGUAGAUGUAAACAUAAAAUUAUGGAAAAAUGGGUUCACAGUCAAUGAUGACUUCCGAAGUUAUUCUGAUGGUGCAAGUCAGCAGUUUCUGAAUGCCAUCAAGAAAGGGGAGUUGCCCCUGGAACUGGAGGGGCUUUUUGAUAAAGAGGAGGUGGAUGUGAAGGUCGAAGAUAAGAAGGAUGAAGUCUGCACCUCCACCAAGCCUGUGUUCCAGCCUUUCUCCGGACAGGGCCACAGACUGGGAAGUGCCACGCCAAAAAUUGUUUCUAAAGCAAAGAGUAUUGAAGUUGAGAACAGAAAUAACUUGUCUCCUGUCCCACUGAACCCCCAAGAGCCUGUCACUAACAUACAGAUCUGGUUGGCCAAUGGGAAAAGGAUUGUCCAGAAAUUCAACGUUUCUCAUAGGGUAAGCCACAUCAAAGAUUUCAUCCGAAAGCACCAGGGGCUUCAUGGAAAUACCCCCUUCCUCCUGGCCACAGCCCUCCCCGUCCUCAGACUGCUGGAUGAUGCCCUUACCCUGGCAGAGGCUGACUUACAGAACGCCGUGGUCAUUCAGAGGCUCCAGAGCACCAGCGACGCUUUCCAACAACUCUCCUAGCCCAGGGUAUCUAUGCACGAAGAGCAGCUGCAGAGAUAGGAUGGCCGCGAGCGGGCCAGGGGCUGGUCUGCUAUUCCAGGCCCUCCUGAUGAAAGACUCCCAGAAAAGUACAAUUAGAGAAGGAGAUAGGGCCAGAAACUAGUCAGUGCACUCUUUAGAAUGCUCCACAGAUAGAAAAUAUAUUUAUUUCCAAAAACCAUCUUAAUCAGAUAUGAAUUUGGCAAAUAUGUUUAUAAGCUCAUUCAUCAAAGUCUCUUUCCCAAACAGUAGUGAUUUAUUUAAAUGCUAAGCUAUCUCAGAUUUCAAAAAUAGCACGCUAAAAAAAAAAUUACACAUGGCAGGUUAAAGGCAUCAUUGUGAUUACUUUAUAUCUGAGACACAAUCAAAAGGAACUGAUUUCAUCAUAGCUAAGCGUGAACCACAAAGUGUUGUCAACUUGCGUUCUCUAAUGGCAAGAUAUAAUCAAAUUUCAUUUGGCAGCAGUAUCUGAGAAAUAUUUUCAUUGAAGAACAAAUUGUGUAGCUUAGUGUACUGUUAGUAUACUGUUGGUAUUAAUCUGCCUACUCAUCUUUCUACAUUUUCAAAACGUGAUUUUUUUUUUGUCUUUUGGGGCUCAUCCUGCCACACCCAAGGUUACUUCUUGGGAGAUGGGGGUGGCAUAUGGUGUGCUAGGGAUCAAAGCUGGUUCAUCUGUGUUCAGAGCAAGCACCUCCCCCACUGUACAAUCUUUCUGGCCUGAUUUUUAAGCAAUUCUUUUCUCUCAAAGACCUCCUAUUGUAUUUUCUUUAAAAAAAACAUAGGGAUUGGUGGACUGGAGAGAGAGAGAGUAUAUGAAGUCAUGGAACAUACCUCUUGCACACAGCUAAUCCAAUUCAAAACUUUGGCUCCACCAAUGGUCCCCAAAUGCUGCCAUGGCACAGAGCCAGGAAACGCUCUGAACGCCUCUGGGUGUGACUCCCUCACCCCCAAACUGAGAGAGAUGAUCACUUAUCAUUUCUAAAAACUACAGAAAUUUGUUUUUCGCUAACAUUUUAAGUUAGCCAUUCUUUUGCCACGCUGAGAAUCCAAUGCUUGUAUAGUUAGAUUUCUAAUUAAUAUUUUUAGACCGUGUCUCUUAAAGUAGGGUUUUUGCUUCUAUACAUCAGAAUCAACUUGUGAGAACUUUAUAGGACUGUUUCUUACUUUCUGAUGUCAUCAGGGAAAACAUGCUUUGUAUUUUAAAUUUUUAAAGAAAGCUGAUUAGAUUUGAUUAUUUCACUAGAUGAAAUCCCUUUACCUGAGGAAUAAGUUUACGACACUUUCUUACAAAUGAUCUGUUGAAUCAGAUUGAAGAGAGGACAUGCUACUAUUGAGUGUGUCUUGCAGGGAUGCUCACUGGGCACUGAAUGUCUAAAAGGAAGAGCGAUGCCCAAACUUUUGGUCUCAAGAGCUUUGGUUUAUGUGGGUCGUUUUAUUACUAUAUUUUAAAAUAAAAUUAUGAAAUGUUUUUUAAAGCAAAAACACACCUUAAUACAAGUCACGCCUGUAUGAAAAAAGUAUCUGCUUUCCAAAACAGCAAGGUUCAGUGAGAGCCGUGUCCUGCUGCUUGAUUUCUGGCAAAAUCCCUCCCGUGUGAGGGUGACAGGUGGGCUCAGAUCUGCCGUUCCACCAUCUGCUGCUACAUUCCAAGCCUGGAACCUCUAGAAGGUGCUACUGUACAGCCAGGACAGAAUGAAACAAGCAGGAAAUGUCACAGUAGGAUGAUGAGACCUGAUUUGAUCUUGUGGGCUUCCUGCAAGGACUAAAUAUAUGAUAAUUGUCAAGCCUUAGCAGAAGAAUCACUUGAGGGCCCAGGGAGAUGAUUCAAAGGGCUGGAGUACCAGCUUCACCUUUGCAGCCCUGAGUUUGAUCCACAGCACUGCAUGGUCUCCUGAGCACUGUGCCAGAAGUAACCCUGGAGUAGCUCUGGGCAUGGCCUAAAUCACCCUAAAAAGAAAGAGUUGGGUGGAUUUUUAAAUGCCCCUUUUUGGUGUCAGAGAGAUAGAAUAGCGGGUAAGGCACUUGCCUUACACACAGCCAAUCUGGGUUCGAUCCCCAGCACCCUGUAUGGUCCCCCUGCACCCGCCUGACUCUAAGUAAGUAAAGUAAAGGCCCUCCUGUUGAUCAUCAAUUUGCUCGAGCGGGCCCAGUAACGUCUCCAUUGGAGACUUUGUUGUUACUGUGUUUGGCAUAUCGAAUACGUCACGGGGAGCUUGCCAGGCUCUGCUGCCUAUUCUCUCUCCAGUGAUUCUCUACUUUUUCCCCCACAGGCUUCUAAACCAAGGCCUCACCCAGGAGAGACUUGGUGCCAUCCAUGCCAAGCCCAUCCUACCCUCCCAUAAUCUUAGUAUAGCCAGGCUGCAGAAGCCCCUGCACGCUACCCUGGCUCUAUACUCAGGAGUUACUCCUGGCAGUGCUUGGGGGACCAUAUGGGAUGCCAGCGAUCGAACCCUGGGUCAGCGGCAUGCAAGGCAAACGACCUCCCCACUCUACGAUCGCUCUGGCCCCAGGCCAUAAUAUCUAACAAGCCUUUUCUCUUUGGAGCACUGGAGGGACCUGCCUGAGGCAUGUGUUCCCUGGAAGACCACUGUCCUUGUGCUGUUACCACUGUCCCUGUGCUGUUCCCAGCCUCACCAGCCAACUGGGCUGAUUUUUCUUUCAUCCCAUGCCCUCAGUCAGCAACUGAAAGUCAGUGUUUCCUGUCCGUGAUGUUUACAACUGUUUAGAGCCCUCUCCAGAGACAAAAAUAUCGGUGCUCUCCGUGCGGAGGGAGGGGCCAGCAAGAGAGUCCAGGGGUAGGCACAGGCCUUGCUGCAGUCAACCCCAGUUCUCCCACCCUCCGUGGUCUCCCAAGCAUUCCAGGGUGCAGUCCUAGAGGCCCCCAAGCACUGCCAGGGGGCCCAGGACUCCCCAACACUGCAGGGCUUGAGCAGCCCGACAUCCUCAGGCCCUUGCAAGUGAACCACAGGCCACACUGGCCAAGAAUUUCUGGGAGGACUCCGCCCCCCCGACCCUGUCUCUUUAGCACCACUUGGGAGGGUCCCCACCCCACCAAAAUAAAAUAAGGGGAUAGGAAAUUCAAUAAGCUUCUCUUGAAGAUAGAAUACAGUAUGAAAAUUACUGAUAUAUUUACUUUUUCUUUUUUUUUUUUUACUCUUUGGGUCAUACCCGGAAAUGCACAGGGGCUACUCCUGGCUCAUGCACUCAGGAAUUACUCCUGGUGGUGCUCGGGGGACCAUAUGGGAUGCUGGGAAUCGAACCCGGGUCUGCCGCGUGCAAGGCAAAUGCCCUACCCGCUGUGCUAUGACUCCAGCCCAAUUACUGAUAUAUUUUCAAGAACCCGUAAAGAAAAAUUUCAUGUAGACCAAUCAUGAAGCAUUUUAUGAUUUUCUUUUGCAUCCGUCAACAUGUAAUUCUGCAUCUGAUUUUUUUCUGAAGGGGACUCUUGUUGGAAAUUUGUACGUCUAGAAAAGCAGCUUGUGGGGUUUCCCGUUUCUGGUUUAGCCAGGAUACAUACUUGUUCUGCUCAUGUGAAAACUCACCCCAGGGGGAACUGACAUCAGCAAUACCUUCAAUUUUAGCAUUGUGAAAACAUGCAUUAAGAUGACUCAUGAGGCUUUUUACUUGAAGGUUUCAAAAGAAUAAGUUGUUGGGCUGGAGAAAUCACUUGAAGGGCUUGAGACAUGUUUGUAGGAGGCCCAGGUUUGUUUUAUGUUUGGUUUGUUUUUUGUUUUAUUUUUGGCCCAUACCCAGUGGUGCUCUGGGGCUAUUCCUGGCUCUGUGCUCAUGAGUGGUCCCCUAACAGUGCUUGGGGGACUAUAACCAGGUUAGGGAUCAAAUCAGGGUCUGCAGGAUGCAAAGGCAAAUACAGGAGGCAAAAAUGAGGAGGCUCAGGCUUGAUCCUCGGCCCCACGUGGUCCCAGGCUCCUCAGGGAGCGACUCCCCACCCCAGUACAAGAACCAAAACAGUAGUGAAGUGUAGAAUAUUCCAGACAUCUCGACUUUAGAAAAGGAACGGCUCUUAGCAAGGGAUGGUAGAAUUGGAAAGCGUCUAAGGUGUGGAAUAUAAUUUGGUCGAAGUUGUUUCAAAACUCAGUUUCUUAAAACAUCAUCAUUGGAGCUGAUAUCUAUAAUUGCAUUUCUAAUUUUACCAAUUCUAGAUUAUGAGUUAAAAUACUAUGCAUUAUCCAGGUCUUGAGUGAUUUUGUUUCAGUUAGUUCAAAAUACUUUUGUUCAUAAUACUUUUCAUUAUGUUUUAUUAUGUUGAAAUAUGGUAUGUACAGAGUAUGGUAUGCAUAUAUUUCAGUGCCUUAAAAAGUAUUUUGGAAGUAAUCUUUUGCUAAUGGUUAAAGAACUGUUCUCGUAAGGAUGAAAUAUCGUUCAUGAAAAGGAUCUGUGAAAUGAUUUACUUUUGGUUAUAAAAUAGUAUUAUAUGUGGAUGCAUUUGUCACUUAUUUGGCAAGUUCGUUCAGUUUGAGAAUCAAGAAACAUUUAUUGGGUGCCUUUUAACCAAUGUUACUUUAUUUAAAAUACUCAGAGAUGUUAUCAUGCAAUUAUUUUAGUAAUAGCUCAGUGGCUAUAUUUAUUUUUAAACCACCCUUUAUGUCCUUAGUUGAACUAAUCUGAAAGACUGUUGGUAGGGUUUACUCUUUUGUUCUGUCUAAAUAUAAACCAUUUCAUUAAAAAGUUGCUCAUUGCACUGAAUCUUC